AUGUCUUUCCUGCAUAGUCACACAGACCCUUGCUUGAAGAGCGAAUUGGAUUUAUUUUCCGUUCCUCUCACGCAGACGGCAUUAGAAGCUAAUCGAUGGGUGCAUUACAAACCUGUUUCGUCGUUAAGCGACGAGAGUCCAAUAGAGUUCGUUAUCAGUUCUCAAAACGAGGAUUACAUCGACUUGGCCCAUACGAUGCUCAGAGUGAAUGUCAAAUUGACACCUUGCGACAAGGAUGGGGAUGCGCUUGUAGCUCCAGUAAACAAUUUUUUACACUCGAUAUUCAACCAAGUUGACGUAUAUUUUAAUCAAAAACUCGUGACUCCCCCAAAUAAUGCUUACCCUUACAGAGCAUACAUUGAAACGCUAUUAAAUUACGGCCCUGCAGCAAAAUCAUCGCAUUUGUCAACAAAUCUUUGGGAAACAGAUGUCGCUGGUGAAAUGGAUAAAUUACCCGGCUUAAAAAAAAUUCAGCUCUUACUAAACGUCAAGAAUAUUUAA